GCCACAGGCGUAGAAAUAAAGUAGGAAAGCUAUUCAAUGAUGCAUACUAGCAUUGGCCUACCAUUUGAUUAUGUUCAUCUGAUUAAUGUGCUUGAUAUCGAAUCUAUAGGCAUGCCGGAUCAAGGUGAAAUUGUUAUGAACGGCGCCAUCCGUCAGCACAUGAGCGGGAUGCGGAAUGUAUGAGUUCCCUUUCUUCCUUUUUAACACCUAGGCUACGGAACUAUUCACAGUAUCAUUGUUUCCAGUGGUUUAAUGGUGAAGUGAUGAGCGAUGAUGGCGCCUCACCGUGGGAUCACAACACUGGAGCGGGGUGGUAUUGGGCGUCGAGAAGAAAGGGAUGUCGGAGUCUUUCCCUCAACGCGACACCGUAUGUCAUCCAUGCGUUUACUUGCAAAAGCCUAGUCGUUACAAAUAAAGUGUAA